AUGGCACGCGCGAGUAACCGACACGGCCAAACGAACCCACCUUCGACUGUCUUGACCGAACGAGCACUGAUCCGCCCGCAGAAGAAGCCAUACUCGGCCGUGACGGUGAGCAUCGAGACGCUCACCUCCGAGACAUAUGAUGAGGAUGACUUGAGCGGCAUUCCCGACCUCGUCGAGGUCAUCAAGCUUCAGGCCUCCGGUCCCGCUGAGGCCGCCCGUGCCAUCCGCAAGAAACUCAAGUACGGCAACGUCCACCGCCAGCUCAGGGCUCUCACAAUCCUCGACGGCCUCAUUCAGAACGCCGGCCCCCGCUUCCAGCGCGCCUUUGCCGACGAGACCCUGUUGGAGCGCCUGAGGGUCUGCGGAACCUCUGACCUGUCCGACCCGGAUGUCAAAAAGAAGUGCACGGAACUCUUCCGGAGCUGGUCCCAGUACAAGAGCACGCCGGGCCUCGAGCGCAUCGCCAGGCUGCACCAGGAACUCCCCAAGCGCAAGGUUGCCGUCACCCAGGAGAGGUCCAAGGCCGUCCGAGAGACCGAAAACCCAUUCGGCGAGGAAGAAGAGGACAAGCCCCCUUCGCCCCCUUUGGCCCCCGCCCGUGCCGGGGAGUCUUCCCGCCCUCAGCGUACCCCGUAUCUGCCAUACGGCGGCGGCGAAUCCGCCGCCUCCGCCGCCAGCCGCGCCGGCGGCCACUCCAAAUCCUCGUCCCAUUCUGGCGGCUCUUUCUUCGGCUCCUCCAAGGACAAGAAGAAGAAGGACAAGGAAAAGAAGGGCAAGCGCAAGCCCUUCAACCUGGAGCUGGAGAAGGAUGCGAUGAAGAGCACCAUUGCCGAGAGCUCCAUCGCCACCACUAACCUUACCAACCACCUGCAAAGCAUCAACCGUGAAAGGGAGCGGAUUUCCGAGAACCCUCAGGCUGUCCAGCAGUUCGAGAAUUGCAAGCAGCUAAGACGGAAAAUCCUUCGCUACAUCCACCACAUCGAAUCGGAGGAGUGGCUCGGCAGUCUUCUGAGGGCUAACGACGAGCUCGUAACGGCUCUUAUGACCUUUGAGCAACUUGAUCGGUCGAUCGAUGCCGACAGCGAUUCCGAUGACGAGCUUGCCGAGCAAGCUCAUAUCUACCGAAUGGUAUCUGAAAAGGCCAAGCAAUCCAUGUCUCCGCCUCCUCCUGACGUCUCUGGCCUGAGCAUCGGCCAAACUCCGUCCUCCCGCCCUCCUCCCCCGCCCCGUCCUGUUCCAAUGUCAAAACCCUCUCCUUCUGUCCCGGCACCUGCCCCUGCGAAGCCUCCGAGACCUCCCGUUCAGCGGGCUCAGUCUGAUUCGGAAGGGGGAGAGGAGGACGACGACGACCCGUUUGCCGACAGGAACGCGCUGGAGACCCCUGCGACAGAGAGGCCGGAGCCAAGAUGGUAG